UAGUGUGUGUGCAGGGGUCAUGUCGGCUUGAACCAGGCAAGGACCAUCAUCAAUAAUCAAUCCAUCAUCUUCUGUAAUCCUCUUCCCCUUUUCACCUUUACUCUUUCUCCUAUUCCAAACCCUAAUCAUUUACCAUAACUCCUUACCUCACUUUAUCUACAACUCUUUACUUCUUCAGCUUCUACUUGCUGUGAAUAUGCCUGAUUUCUCCUUGAUUUCCGGCCACUUCAGCUUCAAUCCGUAGCUACUGAAUACAGGACGGUGCUUUGUAUAUCAUAUUGUUUUCUUCAUGGCACAUAUUGCUGCUGCUCAUUAUGCUGGAGGGCCUCAAUCAGGAUCAGUUGAUGAGUUAUACAAAGAACUGUGGCACGCCUGUGCUGGACCUCUUGUCAAUGUUCCCCGUGAAGGAGAAAGGGUUUAUUACUUUCCUCAAGGGCACAUGGAACAGCUUGAGGCCUCCAUGCAUCAGGGAUUAGACCAGCAGCUCCCAUCGUUUGACUUACCAGCGAAAAUACUCUGCAAAGUGAUGAAUGUUCAGCUGCGGGCUGAACCAGAAACCGAUGAAGUAUAUGCACAAAUCACUCUGUUGCCUGAACGAGAUCAAAGUGAUGUAACAAGCCCAGACCCUCCACUCCCGGAACCUCCUAGUUGCACUGUUCAUUCGUUCUGCAAAACACUUACUGCAUCUGACACAAGCACACAUGGUGGAUUCUCUGUUCUUCGUAGACACGCUGAUGACUGUUUGCCUCCACUCGACAUGUCUCAACAGCCACCCUGGCAGGAACUAGUUGCUAGUGAUCUUCAUGGCAAUGAAUGGCGUUUUCGUCAUAUAUUUCGAGGGCAACCUCGGCGUCACUUGCUGACUACUGGGUGGAGCGUCUUUGUUAGCGCAAAAAAGUUGGUUGCUGGCGAUGCGUUUAUCUUUCUAAGGGGGGGAAAUGGAGAGCUACACGUUGGAGUAAGGAGGCUUAUGAGACUUUUGAACAACAUGCCAUCAUCUGUAAUAUCAAGUCAUAGCAUGCAUCUUGGCGUGCUGGCUACUGCCUCCCAUGCAAUUGCAACCGGGACCCUUUUUUCAGUCUUUUAUAAACCAAGGACCAGUCGAUCUGAGUUCAUUGUCAGCCUUAACAAGUAUCUCGAAGCUCGAAAUCAUAAGCUGUCGGUUGGAAUGAGGUUCAAGAUGAGAUUUGAGGGUGAAGAGGUUCCUGAAAGAAGGUUUAGUGGGACCAUAGUUGGCGUUGGCGAUACUGCAUCAUCAAAAUGGAUGGAUUCUGAAUGGAGAUCCCUAAAGGUUCAAUGGGACGAACCGUCAUCAAUAAUACGCCCAGAUAGAGUUUCUCCUUGGGAACUAGAACCACUUGUGGCAUCAUCACCGAACCCAUCAAACUCACAACCUCCACAAAGGAUUAAGCGGGCCCGGCUCCCCGUUUUACCUUCUUCUGUGCCAGAUCUUUCUGCACUCGGGAUGUGGAAAUCGCCUGUUGACCGUCCUUCAGACUUCCAGUAUUGUGAUCCACAACGUGCACAUGAUAUGUAUCCAUCAAAUAAUGGCUCAUCUUCUAUCAAGGGUGGUGGUAUCCAUUGGUCUAACUUACGGGAAUCGGUGACGGAAUCGUUUGAGCCAAUUGCUGAGAAAGAAAGCAGUGAGAAGAGACCGACUAAUGGCUACAGGCUAUUUGGAAUCGAGUUGCUUGAACACUCAACUGUGGAUGAAACUUCACCGGUGGCUAUGUCUAGAGCAGUGGUUGAACAAAGACCAGUCUUCGUUCUUGAUACAGAAUCUGAUUGGCGUUCUGAUAUUCCUUCAGCAAGUUGUGAUCCUGAAAAAUCUAGCAUGAGAUCUCAGGAAUUGUUGCAUACCAGACAAACCCGCAGCUGUACCAAAGUUCAUAUGCAAGGGAUUGCUGUUGGUAGGGCUGUCGAUUUGACACAGUUCGGUUGUUAUGAGGAUUUAUUGGAGAAACUGGAAAAUAUGUUUGAAAUUGAAGGUGAACUUCGUGUUGUUCCUAAGAAAUGGCAGGUUGUAUACACGGACGAUGAGGAUGACAUUAUGAUGGUCGGUGAUGAUCCAUGGAAUGAGUUCUGCGACAUGGUGCGAAAGAUCUUUAUAUAUACUACUGAAGAAGCGAAGAGGCUUACCCCGAAAAAAAAACUUCCCGAAAAUAAUGCCCAGGUUAUCACCGAAGAGCAGUCCUCAUCGAACGAGGGGGGCUCGGGUUGCUAAAUGUUUCGAGUUGACCCGAAUUAUUACUAUUUUGGAAGAGUGAUAUAACCUUCUUUUUGGACUGUGGGACAGCCGCUUGAUAUGAGCUGGGCCCAUUUACACCGCUUGAUUUUAUUAUCUCAGUGGUAUGGAUGUUUUAUGUUCAAGUUUACGUUCUCUGAUCUGCUUGUUUUGAGCUGUUUGUUGGUUCCAUAAAAUGGUUCCAUAAUGCAUAUUUAUUAAUAUGUUAGAAUGAGAAUAAAAGGAUUUUAAUUGAGGUU